GUCUCAGUUUGGACCAAAAAAUAUCGUCGAGUCGAUGCUCGUACGCCGAACGCGGUAUUUGAAUUUAGAAUACCAAGAUUUUAUUUUAUUUUUUUAUUGAGUGUUAUAGGGUUAUAAAAUUUUCGCUAUUUUCUCGUGCAGCAACAUUUUAUCGUAGAUAAUGUAUACGUGUUUUAUAUUUACCGGUGAAUUCAGUCAUGUUUGAUAUCUCAGUGAGAAAUCGUGAUUUCUGAUUAUAAAUUAUUUAUUGAUAAUAACGUUAUAAUUCUAACACAAGCGUGAUUGUGACAGGUGACUGUUUAUAAACGGAUAUUGGAGAAUAGAGUUCCAGAAAAAUGGCGCGCGUUACCAUCCUCCUCGCACUAACCUGCCAGUUACUCAUCAUCCCGUCCAUCAGGACAGACGAUGACAACCCAUUCAUGGACCUUGCGUCCUCCUUCCUCCAAAACAUGGGAGACGGCGGCGGCAACAACCUGAACGGGUUGGCAGCCAUCGGGAACAUUGUGGGAUCCCUGAUGCAGGGAGAUAAUGCUAAGAACCUCGGAUCUAUGAUGGGUCAAACGAGUAAUGGGAAUGUUGGAGAUAUGCUGUCUGGCCUUGGAAGUUUACUUGGAGGUCAAGACGGCAAAAUAGACCCCGCUUUAGUGGGAUCCAUGAUCUCAAUGGUCGCUCAACAGAUGUCGACAACAGAAUCACCAAAAAGGCAGAAGAGAGACAACACAGAAAACGAAUUAAAUCUAGAGAGCAUGAUGAGCCUCGCUUCUGGUCUCCUCGGAAACAAGAAUGCUGGAGGGUUUAUGCCUUUAAUCAUGAACGCAUUAAGUUCAUUUUCGGAAACAGAGGCCCAAAAACGCGCUCAUGACCACAAGGACCAUGCUUCAUUCCUCCCCCCGUUUCUGGAGAAACUCCACUUAUACUGGGACAUUUUCAUUAACUCUGAACUCGGCAAGACCAUUUGGGAGAAGUCUGGUAUGAAGAGGACGUUCAAGGCAUUUACUGGUCCUGAUGGCAAGUUGAGCUUCGGUACGAUGUUCAAGAACUUUGAGAAUCACUCGUUCAGGAGACAUUGGAUCAAGACGGCGGCGAAAUACUUGACGGAUAUGGUGGUACAUGUCGCUAAACCUGAGGUUUAUAACAGGUACCUCAUCUCUGCCCAAUACAUCACGAACAGCUUCCUAGACUCGCAGGGCAUGCCGAAGAGCACCCACUUCAACGUCAAGAACCCUGAGAAGUCCAUCACUGCGCUUCUCAACUAUGUACUGAAACGGUACCUCGAUAUGGAGACCGAUGUAGCCGAUUAUGUGGUGCCGGCUGUUGAAUAUGUUAAGCAAACUCUCAAGAUGGCGGAACUCACAACCAAGUCCAUGUCGUCUCGAGGUGACUACAAUGCUAUUGCCGACCGCCUGACUGACACCCUCAACUUGGAGGUCAUCGAGCCAGUACUGAGAGUGUACCGCGCCUACCAGCACUCCGUGAAGGCACCUCAAUGCCAGGAACAUCUCAUGUGCCUCGUUAAUAGGCAUCACGAUCAGGAUAAGAAAGGUCUCCCUGGCUUCAAGGCAGGUCUGACGAAGCUCAGCAGUUUAGCAGCUUCAGCGGCUUUGAGCUACCAAAAUGGUGGCGGGUUCUUCGAUUUGUACAACGCUAUCCAGAAUGAUGUGAACUGUGAUGCGGCGUAUCCAGCUGACUGCUCAGCCUUCCACGAACAUGAACUGAAAGUUACUACAGAAGUGUACCACAGUGAAUUAUAAACAUAUACUAGUUAGGAUUGUCUAUGAUAGUUAUAAAAAGCUUGCUGUAUAAAACUGUGAACACUUUCAUAAUUUUGACCAUUUAAUUAAGCCUGAUUCGCACGGGAGCUUUUUUAACGCGCAUUAAAAAAGCGUUCAAAUAGAACAGAUGCGUGCGAAUCAGGCCUUACGGUUUAUCUCUCAAUCUCAUAUUGUUCUCAAUCAAAACAAUUAAACUGCGAUUAUUCAGUUCGUUUUCAGUUCAAGGAAAUAAAAGUGAACAAGAAAAUAUUGUUAUUUUCUUAUUCAGCCAAAAUAAAAUAUUCAAAAUGACAAAAUAAUUGACACUUCAUACCGUUCGAUUUGACAGUUUCGUUUAAUUUACUUAACAUUUUUGACAUGUUGUUAAUGUAAAUACGAAAAAUUUAAUAACGAAAUGAUGUCAACAAAUUGGGUUAUUUUAUACAGUAAGCUUAAUAGAAGAAUAAUGUCUUCCUGAAGCUCAAUUUCCUGAUAGUUAAAUGCACGCUUUUACUAAUUCUUAUAUUUCAUAGUUUAGUAUAGUUUUCUUUGUCAUCAAAAUUAAAAACAGUUAUUUUCAUUUCGUGAUUCACUGAUCAUUGACUUCGUUCACCCUUACCAACUUAAGAAAUAUGUAUUUUUGUCAUAAAUUAUUAUCACUAUUUUUCGAACCAUUCAAUUAAUACUAAUAAAUAACUUAAGUUUGCUUCUCUAAAGUAAAUUGUAAAA